AGGAAGGGGGUGGAAGAGAGUAAAGGGCUGUUGUUAAACAGUUUCUUACCGUAAGAGGGAGUUCAGACCUAGAUCUUUCCAGUUAAUCACACAACAAACUUAGCUCAUCGCAAUAAAAAGCAGCUCAGAGCCGACUGGUUCUUUUAGGCACUGAGUCGGAACAGGCUUCUCUCAGCCAGGCAUCUCCUCCAGUGGGAUCCGCCAGCGCGUCCAGCAGCACCAUGUGGGUGACCAAACUUCUUCCAGUCCUGCUGCUGCAGCACGUCCUCCUCCACCUCCUUCUGCUUCCCAUCCCCUAUGCAGAAGGACAGAAGAAAAGAAGAAACACACUUCAUGAAUUCAAAAAGUCAGCAAAGACUACUCUAAUUAAAGAAGACCCAUUACUGAAGAUAAAAACAAAAAAAAUGAACACUGCAGACCAAUGUGCCAAUAGAUGUAUUAGGAAUAAAGGACUUCCAUUCACCUGCAAGGCCUUUGUUUUUGAUAAAGCAAGGAAACGAUGCCUCUGGUUCCCUUUCAAUAGCAUGACAAGUGGAGUGAAAAAAGAGUUUGGUCAUGAAUUCGAUCUCUAUGAAAACAAAGACUACAUUAGAAACUGCAUCAUUGGCAAAGGAGGUAGCUACAAGGGAACAGUAUCUAUCACUAAGAGUGGCAUCAAAUGCCAGCCUUGGAAUUCUAUGAUACCACAUGAACACAGCUUUUUGCCUUCGAGCUAUCGGGGUAAAGACCUACAGGAAAACUACUGUCGAAAUCCUCGAGGGGAAGAAGGGGGACCUUGGUGUUUCACAAGCAAUCCAGAGGUACGCUACGAAGUCUGUGACAUUCCUCAGUGUUCAGAAGUUGAAUGCAUGACCUGCAAUGGGGAAAGUUAUCGAGGUCCCAUGGAUCAUACAGAAUCAGGCAAGAUUUGUCAGCGCUGGGAUCGUCAGACACCACACCGGCACAAAUUCUUGCCAGAAAGAUAUCCCGACAAGGGCUUUGAUGAUAAUUAUUGCCGCAAUCCUGAUGGCAAGCCGAGGCCAUGGUGCUAUACUCUUGACCCUGACACCCCCUGGGAGUACUGUGCAAUUAAAAUGUGCGCUCACAGUACUAUGAAUGACACAGAUGUGCCUAUGGAAACAACUGAAUGCAUUCAGGGUCAAGGAGAAGGUUACCGGGGCACCAUCAACUCCAUCUGGAAUGGAGUUCCAUGUCAGCGUUGGGAUUCCCAGUAUCCUCACCAGCAUGACAUAACUCCUGAAAAUUUCAAGUGCAAGGACCUACGAGAAAAUUUUUGCCGAAAUCCAGAUGGAGCUGAGUCACCCUGGUGUUUUACCACUGAUCCAAACAUCCGAGUUGGCUACUGCUCCCAAAUUCCAAAAUGUGAUGUGUCGAGUGGACAAGAUUGUUAUCGUGGGAAUGGCAAAAAUUAUAUGGGCAAUUUAUCCAAAACACGAUCUGGACUAACAUGUUCAAUGUGGGAGAAGAACAUGGAAGACUUACACAGGCAUAUCUUCUGGGAACCAGAUGCUAGUAAGCUGAAUAAGAAUUACUGCCGCAAUCCUGAUGAUGAUGCCCAUGGCCCCUGGUGUUACACGGGAAAUCCUCUCAUUCCAUGGGAUUAUUGUCCUAUUUCUCGUUGUGAAGGUGAUACCACACCUACAAUAGUCAAUUUAGACCAUCCCGUAAUAUCUUGUGCCAAAACAAAACAACUGCGAGUUGUAAAUGGAAUCCCAACGCGGACAAAUGUAGGAUGGAUGGUUAGUUUGAAAUACAGAAAUAAACAUAUCUGUGGAGGAUCAUUGAUAAAGGAAAGUUGGAUUCUUACCGCAAGACAAUGUUUCCCUUCUCGAAACAAAGACUUGAAAGAUUACGAAGCUUGGCUUGGGAUUCAUGAUGUCCACGGAAGAGGAGAUGAGAAACGCAAACAGGUUCUAAAUGUGUCCCAGCUGGUAUAUGGGCCUGAAGGGUCAGAUCUGGUAUUACUGAAGCUUGCUAGGCCUGCUGUCCUGGAUGAUUUUGUUAGUACAAUUGAUUUACCUAAUUAUGGAUGCACCAUUCCUGAAAAAACCACUUGCAGUGUUUAUGGCUGGGGUUAUACUGGAUCAAUCAACUCUGAUGGUCUAUUACGAGUAGCUCAUCUCUAUAUUAUGGGGAAUGAGAAAUGCAGCCAAUACCAUCAAGGGAAGGUGACUCUGAACGAGUCUGAAAUAUGUGCAGGUGCCGAAAAUAUUGUGUCAGGACCAUGUGAGGGAGAUUAUGGUGGCCCACUUGUUUGUGAACAACAUAAAAUGAGAAUGGUCCUUGGUGUCAUUGUUCCUGGUCGUGGAUGUGCCAUUCCAAAUCGUCCUGGCAUUUUUGUCCGAGUAGCAUAUUAUGCAAAAUGGAUACACAAAAUUAUAUUAACAUAUAAGAUACCACAGUCAUAGCUGAUGUAACUGUGUUUGAGGCUUGCAUCAGUACGAUUCCCUUUUAAAAGAAGAUUUCGGAGAACAUGGAAUUAAAAUGUCACUGAAAACAAUCCUGAGACAACUACUUGAGUGUCAUGUUUGUUAAGAUGCUCAUUAAUAUUUAUGGGUGUUUUCUGUCGUUUCGUUUGUCAGUGUUAUUUUGUAAAUGUUGAAGUGAAUUAAGGUACAUGCAAGUGUAGUAACAUAUCUCCUGAAGAUACUUGAAUGGAUUAAAAACUGCAAAGGUAUAAUUGCUGGAUGAUAAAAGAUUUAAUGGAAAAGUUCAAUUACUCUCUUUACGCUGCUUUCCAAGAUUAAUUUCUUAAUAAUGAAUAAACCAUGAGUUAAACAUUAUUUUAACCUCACAAAGACAAUUUAUACCUGUGCCCUUAAACUGUAGCUCUAUAUUAAAUUAUAUUACCUUUCAUACGCAAUACACUAUAUUUCAUUCAUUCCUCCUGUGUAUCUUGUAAUACUGGUACACAUACUUUUUAUGAAAUCAUGUACCCAUAUAAUCCUACCUGGGUGCACAUGUGCAUGCACUAGAGUUCAAAUCGUGGUAUAUCUAAUGUAGCCUCUAAAUAUUUUGAGUGCUUACCUAUAUAGUUUGUCCUUAAGAGGAAACUAUAAAUGUCUAAAGACCAGUAGAAAAUUUAAGGAAAGGUGCAAGACAGAAAUGACCAGCUCAUUCUCUAGAAAUAAUCUGCAGAUAAUUUCUACUGGUUGGCAUUUAAGGUGUGGUCAUGACCCACAAAGUUAAGUAAUGCCUAAUCUAGGUGUUUAAACAUAUUUAUCAUCCUAGUCAUUGUGUAGUUUCUAAUUCUUAAAAGGAAGAGGGUAAUAUGUGUAUUAGUAUUAUUUCUUUCCUUCAAAUUUAGGGACACUUAUUUAUGAAAGAUAUUUUUAGAUCUACUUUCCUAAAAUACUUUUUACUAGUUUUAGAUAACUGUGUAAUUGAAGCUUAAAAAUGUUUCGGUCUUUAAAAUGUAUUUAAGUAGGUUAAUUAUAAGACUUGCUGGGUGAUUGGCUUGUAGUUCGCCUUCUUUGAAUUUUUAAAGAUUAUUUCAGAGGAAAAGUUCCAUGUAUCCCCAAAGAUGUGUAAAGAGACUUCCAUCAAACUAUGCAUUACAGUACAUAUUGAAGAAAAAAAUCAGAAUACAUUUCUUAACCUGGAGCUCUUUUAGCCUAAUAAAACUUUAUUUAAGUAAAGGGGAAAAAUGUAAUAGGAAAGGAAAUAAACUAGCUUGUCUAAACUCUGAAUUCAGUUAUAUUUUUAAAGGAGAGUUAAAUCUGCUGAAUGAAAGAUUUUGAUCAAGGUAUUCUAAUUUUGUUUUAUUUCAUUUUACAACUUCGGCAUCUUUCUAAUGCCAUGGGGAAUAUUCAUUUGAAUUUUGUAUUCUGUCUGAUAAUACCAGAUUAUCAUGUUUAUUAUUGUAUUUGACAUGAUUAGCUAAAAAAUCAUGUAUUUGUCAAGAAAUGAGAUCACAAGGACUAAUAGGAUAGGCUGUGAAUUUUCACAAAACCAUCCCGUACAAAUUUUAAAAUGAUUAUUUGAAUGCUCCCAAUCCGGUAUCACCAUAUCUCUCAUGUGUUUCUCUUGAAUAAUGUCAAUUAAGGCCAGAGAUCCUAAUCAUGCUCUAAAAGUUUCAUAGGACACUGUUUAAUCUUGAGUAAAAUGCUCUUAAAUUUACUUGAAAACUUAGUCCACAGAGUAUAGGACAGCAAGUCGAGAAAUGCCUAUCCAAAUUGUGCAAUAUAUACAUACACAUACAUGUAUAUAUAUAUAUAUAUAUAUAUAUAUAUAUAUAUAUAUAUUGUGUGUGUGUGUGUGUGUGUGUGUCUAUUGCACAAUUUGCAUAUAUAUGUAUAUAUAUAUAUAUAUAUAUAUAUAUAUAUAUGUACAUAUGGUCAGAUAUGUGCUGGUAUCAAGAAACAGGGAAAGCAAAGAGACUUCCAAAAAGCUGUCAGUCCCCACCAUCUUAUUUGAUUGUAUUUUUCUUUCCUUAUAUGAUAUAUCAUUCUAAUCCAAACACUAGGAAUUUCAAAGGUAUAUUGUCCAAAAAUUAUUUUUCAGUUUUUUCUUGCUGAACUGGCAAAAUUUUAUUCAGUCAUAUAUUAGCGAUAUUUGUAAAACAUUUAUGAAAUUCUAAUACUUUUAAAAACUCAUAUUUUAAAAUAUUUCUUUUACGACUUUUCUUCCAAAUUUUCAUGGAACGAGAGAUAGGGAUUCCCUAGAUACAAGAUGAAGCUAACUUUGUAGAUAUUUUGAAUUCACUGUUUUCCAUUUUCUUAAAGGGUGAAAACAUACCACCCAUGAAACAUCAGACAUGGUACACAAAGCAGUUAUAGCUUUGGGAAGUUCCCUUUGUAACAGAGGGAGGUCAGCAGAACUGACAAUAAAAGCAAGAUGAACAAGAUCCAUGUUAUUUUAGGUGGUAGGACAAUGGAUAAUAAUAAUGUCAUUUUUCUCUGGUAAAGAUACUAUUUCCUGGGCAUUCUUUUCUUAAUAAAUGAUAAAAAAUGAAAAAUCCAAGUUAUCCAAAAUCCAUUGUAUUUUGAGUAAUGGACAAAGGGAGCUUUUAAAUUAGAAGUUUUUAAUGCUAUUUUUGUUUGGGUUGUUUGAAUAAUGGUUAUGUGCAGUUGUCACUGUGGACAUUUUCUUAUGUCUUCCAGGAAUAGUAAUGUAAAAUUAAAAUAUUUGUCAUAAUGCCUCUGCCGUGCAGAAGGGGUGAUAAUCCUUUUGUAUACUUCCUUAAUUUUAUUGUAAAAUAUGUAAUAAGUUUUACCUAUUUGCUGUGGGCAGGUCCCCAGUAAAAUGGUUUAUAUUGAAUCAAUUUCUAGUAUUAACAGGCUCUUGCUUGCUAUCUGAGUGUUUCAAACUGUGGGAAAUUUGAGACACUGGAAGGCAAGAAAAAUAACAGUAAUGGCAUGUGAUAGCAAAAUUGUAUUUCACUUAUUCCUGUGAAUAUUUCUUGUUGGUACCAAUGGUACUAUACAAAGUGAAUGUUAUAGCCGCAACAUUCUCUUGGGGGGUAAAAAAAAAAGCACUGUCAAGAAUUGUUGUCAGACAUUUUGUUGUUGUUGUUGUUGUUGUUUCUAAAUAUCUUCAUUUCAUUUUUUUUUAAGAAAAAAAUACUGGUAUUGCAAUAUAGAAAUCAUGAGGUAAGGAAUUCUAAUAAACUCUCUUGCUAAAAACUUUUAAUUGAUUAACUAAGGUUCCAAAUAUAACUACUUUCAAUUAUAUUACAUAUUGAUAGACAAACUCAUUUGGAGAAAAGUCAAUUUGAAUAAAAAGACAUAGUUGUGUGUCAAUACCUCUCACAAUAAAGUUCAAAAAGAAGUUAGCUUUUAAUGUUCAACUGAGUUUUGUAGUAAGAAUUUACUAAUACAAGAAAAAUGUUAACAUUUUCUGGUCCCUAUAAAUCUUGACAGUGUAAUUUUAAGUAGGUUCAUUUCCAUUUGCACAGAAAGUUUCUAUCUUUAGGAAACUGAAAAGGGAAUACUGUGGAUGUUAUAACUGUUUGUCUUGGUGUAAAUAGGAAAUUGAUAAGCUGCCUAUUGAGUGGUAUGGCUGGAUGCUUACCCAAAAGGGGACACUGUGGUUAUGACUUGUAUAUAAAGUUCCUGUAGUUAAUAAAGUUGCUAUUUUUAUAACCAUGAUUAUAUUAUUAUUCUUAAUAAUAAUAAAAUAUUUUAUCAAAAUGC